AUGGCGGAAAUCAACACCAGUCCGGAAUACCAGGAGCAGUACCAACAGUACCAGCAGUAUCAGCUGAACCCUCAACACCAGCAAUACCAACACUACCAACAGUACCCCCAGGACCAGCAGUACCAGCAGUAUCAAGAGUACCAGCAGCACCAGCAUUACCCUCAGGACUACCAGCUGCAGCACCAAUUCCAGCAGCUUCAGCAAGACCAACAAUAUCAACAACAUCAGCAGUAUCAGCUGGAGCCGUUGAAGCAAGAUGGACUGGUCGAGGCGGCGCAGGCCGGCGAGCUCGAUCCCCAUUCGGAAUGGAAGGCCGGACCGCGGGAGCGGAUGAUCGUGGCCACCAUGGGCAUCAUCAUUCUGCUCGUUGCCUUGGAAACCGACAUUCUUGUGCCCGCUCUCCCGACGCUGGCAGCGGACCUGCACGGCACCUCGAUAGAGACCUUCUGGGUCGGCACCGCGUUCCUGCUGCCCAGCGCGACCUUUCUGCCCUUCAUCGGCGCCACCAGCGAGAUCCUCGGCCGGCGCGCCAUGCUGCUGGUCUGCAACCUCCUCUUCACCGCCGGGACGCUCUGCUGCUGCCUCGCCAAUGACUUCUCCGUCCUGCUCGCCGGCCGGGCCAUCCAGGGCGUGGGCGGCGGCGGCCUGUACACCCUGACGACGCUGGUCAUCACCGACAUCGUGCCCCUGCGCCAGCGGCCCAAGUAUCUCAGCCUCAUCUCGGCCGUGUUUGGCCUGGGCGGUGUCUUGGGUCCUCUGCUCGGCGGCGUCAUCUCGCAGAAGACGACGUGGCGGUGGCUGUUCUACAUCAACUUCCCGUUCUGCGGCCUCGCUUUUGCCACGGUGCCGUGGGUCGUCAAGCUGGAGCCCAAGAGGAAAGGCUCGCUCGCGGCGAACAUGCUCCGCGUAGACUGGAUCGGCGGCGCCAUCUUCGUCGCCGGCUCGACCAGCUUCCUGAUCGGCAUCACCUGGGGCGGGAUCAACUACCCCUGGAGCUCGUACAAAGCGUGGCUGCCCAUCCUGCUGGGUGGCAUCGUCGUCGUUCUCGCGCUUGUCUACGAGGCGUUCGUCCCGCGCGAGCCGUUCCUGCGGCUUUCCGUCUACUACAACACGUCUUCAACCAUCGUCUUCGUCUUGACGCUGUUUCAAGGUCUGAUGGCCGUGAAAGAAGCCAGCACGAUUCUGUCGGGCAUCUACCUCAUGGCGGUCAACAUCGUCCUGUUCCCCAUCGCCGUCGUCUGCGGCAUUCUCAUGACCAAGCUGGGCACCUUUGCCUGGGCGAACCAGAUCGGCUUCGCCGUCAUGACACUCGCCAACGGCCUCUUCAUCCUGGUCAACCAGAACCUGAGCAUGGUGGCGCACCUGUUCAUCUUCCUGGUGGUCGGCGUCGCGCACGGGUUCCUGAUCGGCUCGCUGAACGUGGCCACGCAGGCGAUCGCGAAGCCAUCGCACAUGACGUUCGCCGUGUCCAUGUGGUCGUUCAACCGCUGGUUCGGCACCUGCCUCGGCGUGUCGAUCGGCGGCGCCAUCUUCAACAACGUCCUGCUGCACUCGCUCGAGAGCAAGGGGGCGAGCGAGGCCGACGCGGCGGCCAUCUCGCAGAACUCGGAGGCCUUCAUCGGCACGCUGCAUGGAAUGCCGGACGGCGACCUGAAGAGCCAGCUGACGUGGGCGUACGUCGACGGCUUCCGCGGCAUCUUCUACUUCAUGGUUGCGCUCUCCGGCCUCGGCCUGCUUCUCUCGCUGUUCAUCCGCAACCACAGCAUGAAUAAGCCGACCGACUCGGCCCACGUGCUGCGUAACGACGCGUCGGACUCGGGGCCGGCGGCGGCCGAGGCUUGA